GACGAAAAGACCCUGACACAAACUCUUCUCUCCUCACUCUCAUUGUAAUUGUGAUAUGUUUGAAUUUUUGAAUGGUGGGCACACUAAGAAGUCUCUUAAAAUGGCGAUUGUUACCGAUAUUAGAAGUCUAAAAUAAAUUAACAUUUUCAUGUACAAAUCUUCAAUUAGGAAACUUACUAUAAAGAAAAUUAUCUAAAAUAUAAGCGUGAGCUUGUAAUAUUUACUUUUAAGAAGCAAAAUAUAUGUUAAAGUUUGGACUAUCCUGGUGUUUGGAUUUAAGAAGCGUGACAAACCGGAAAAUAUAAAUGAACCAAUACCAAAUUCAGCAGCUAACUUCCCACCUAUCUCAGGCUCUUGACCAAAACUAUGAUGUCAUUAAUAUGGAUGCAGUUCUUUCUGUCAUAUGUGCUUUGGAAGGCACGAAAAUUACGAAGGAACAAUUGGAGGCCACCAGACUGGCGAAAUAUAUUAAUCAAUUAAGGCGGAGAACUACAAAUGAGCAUCUAGCGCGUCGUGCCAAGUCACUUUUAAAAAAGUGGCGAGAAAUGGUGGGAAUUCAACAAACAACUUUUGAUUCUCAGCAACAGCUUCAGACACAAUCAAUAGAAUUUUUAAAAUCGACAACGUCUACACCACAUUUUGAUGAGAUUGUUUCUCUUUUGCCAAUUUCAUCCUCAUUACCGUCGCAGGAAAUUUUCUCAGAUAUUCAUUUGAAUAUUGACCGGUCUGAAACUCCAUCACUUUCUGUAAAUUCGCAGGCUCAUUCAAACUUAUCAAGCCCUCAUCAUAAUAAUAUUAACGAUUUGAAUCGAAGAGAAAAUAAUUCAACAAAUUCUGUGCACAGUUACAAUCGGCUAUCACAAAACAUGUCAAGCGGACCCGUUAAUCCGCCACAGCAGCAUUUGAUUAAUCAAUCCUUGAACACUAUUUCUAACAAGUGCGAUGUGAGCAAAAAAAAGUUGAACGAAGUUUCUGUUGUUAUUGACAUAGUCUCAGACUCGGAUGACAAUGACAAUAAUAGUUCGAAACUUGUUAGAUCUGAUAUUUCUGAGCCAUCAUUACUUAUGAUCCCAUCAACGCCGAGUCCACGUUUGAAAAAAAAUAGGAAAGACAAAAAGAAUGACCCUAUACUACAUAGACCAAAUAAGAAAAUUAGCAAAAAAAAUAAAGAUGGAUUUUUACACACUACUCCCGCAGAUUCAGAGGUGUAUUCAACAUCAAACAGUUCCAUGAGCUCAAUUUUAUCAGGAGAUACCACAUUUGGAAACUCAGGCAGUAAAACACGGUCAAACUCAAGUGAAUUAACGUUUAGUGGUAGAUUCAAGUCAAUAAAUCAAGUGGAAGUUUUAAGUCAGAAUAACUUUACCCUAUUUUCUGGAAACAAUAAUGCUUCAACCCAUAUAAAUGAACUUGAUAAACCAUUGUUUGAAGAUUAUAAUACAUAUGACUCGAGUGCAUCUUGUAGCCGCUUUUCCUCUAGCGUCGAUCAAGGAAAAUCAGAGAAAAUCGCUCUUCAAAUACACAGGCCCGUUGACGCUCAAUGUCCGGUUUUAAAAAAGACUGAAUUAUUCCAUAAAGCUUCCGACUCACAUGGCUACAAAAAACGUGGUCGUAAAAAGGGAUCUAGAGGUGUUGAUGCUGUAAUUUCUAAAGAGUCGUCUAGCUUGUGCCAGCAAAUCUUCUUAGGCAGCUCGACAGUAAAUAAAGUCAAGACGACAAAGGAACUUUUUAAUGAAAUCCAGAGCAGAAAAUUAACUGCUUCGCACUCUUCAACAUUUCGUGACAAGACAAAAUGUGCUCGCUUAAAAAGACGAACGUCAUCAUGUUCGGAAGCAUCAAUACUUUCACCAAAUUUAAUGGAAAAUUACUCUGGCAACGUAACUCUAAUGGAUAUUGAUACAUUUUCAAAAAAAAUUCGUGAAUCUGCUAAUACGGAUAGUGAUACGACAGAACACUUCAGUAACAAAUCUCAAGAAGUAAAGGAGUGUACAUCUUUGGAUAGCAACAGCUGUAGUCGUCAAACUUCAUCUUUCGUUAACUACUCUAAGAAGUUGACUUCGCAAAGUUUAAAUGAUAUUACCACACAGCUAAUGCACCUUAUUAACAGUUUUGGUAGCCCAAUCAGUGUGCAUGAAGUUGAGAAAUCUUACCAAGUUCAAUUGGUACCGUGUAGUUGUAUAAUUUUUGAAAAUAAUAUAAACUUGUUGCGAGAGUCGAAACUUUUCACACCAGAUGACCAGGGAAAUAUUUUCAACUCUAACGGAAAAUAUAACGGUAAAUUGGAUCACAAUACAAAAGAAAUAUUGCGUACUAUUGAACAGCCAAUUGAUAAAGACGAUACUCAGCCAAAACCGAAAAAGUCUAUAUUUGAUUUAGAUUUUGAAGAUGAAGAUGAUCCUUUAAAAUCUUUAAUGAACGCAAUUCAAAAACCAGUGGGUAAUAAAGAGACGGAUAAGAUAUUAACACCACAAAUUUUUACAAAUAAAGUUUUAAUGAGCUUAGGCAAUACCAAUAUCGAUGCGCAACUUGACAGCUUUAGUCAAGAAAUAGACGAUGAGUUACCCAAAGUAGUUGAAUCUGUUUUUACCAUAAAGGAGGAUCCAGAUUGUUUAGCAAAAAAAAUAUUUUAUGUGCAAACUAAUAAAGUAAAUGGUUUUCACAUUAAUGCACUACACAAUUACUAUAUUCCAAAUAUUAAUGGAAAUUGGGAUAGUAUAGAUGAAUCCAUAUCUUUUAAAUCAAUAAAUGAUUUUGUGGAUUCUUUAGAUUCUUACACUGUUACAAAUGGAUCUGACGUCGUACCCCAAUACGGGUUUCUAAAAUAUGAUUAUAUUAGAAAAGAUUUAAGUUCGCUUAAAUUUUUAAAGCCUUACAAAGUAAAAUCUUUUCAGAAAGAUUUUUCACCUUUUCUAGGAGUUGCUAAAUGCUUGCCAACAUGUAGAAAUUAUAAACGCAAAGCCAUAGAUAGACAUGGAAGUGCAGACCAAAUUUUAAAGAAGAAUAAGCUAAAUCGCGCUAUCCCACUUCAGAUUGAUACUGAAAUACCAAUAUCGGAUAUGAUUUCCUACAACAACAGCUUGACACAUAUAAAAGAAAAAGACUGUUCGAAUCAUGCCCUAAAUGACUCUUUUGACAGUUGCUGUGUAUCAGCAUUCAGUAACAAUUUGUUAAAAUUAGCUAAUGAAAAAGAUGUACAUGAGGGGCAAGCUGAACAUCUAAAAAGUCAAGACCAUUUUAGUCCUAUUUGUAAAAACAGUUCUAAUGUUUUAAGGUUGCAAAAUAUGUCAUAUAUUCGUAAAAAUAAAACACAAAUAAGCAAACAGGAAAAAAAUCGUAAAAGACGUGGUUCAUGUGGAGGUAUAAAACAAGAUUUUGAGGAAAAUACAGAUAUUCUGAGGACAACCAAACGGAAUAAAUUAAGGUUAAGUGGCACAAUUAACGACCGACCUAGUGGAAAUAAUAGCAGUGAAAAUGACGAUACUAUGAAGGAUAUUGAUGUUGAACAACAUGGCAAAAAUGAAUAUGAAAUUGUGCAGCGUAAAAGCAGUGAUGGCGGUGUUGCUGGCAAUCAUAUCGUAUUGACAAUAAAGAAAACCCCAAAAAUUUUAUCAGAAACAGAAAUAUUAAAGAGACUAUCGUCCACCCCUAAUCUAAACAUUUCAAGCCUUUCCAAUUCUUUAAUAGAAGUCCCAUUUUUUUCAAAAGGAAGUAAGCUACCCAUUUGUCCACGGAAUCAUCAUCUUUAUCGUCAAAAAAUUCGAAAGUCUUAUUCACGUAAAAUUAAUACUGUUGAUUUGGACUUAAAGCAUUGGUUUUGCUUUAAACACAAUGUGGAAAAUUCCAUUAAAAAAAAAAGGGUUCACAAAGACCUUUUUUUUAAAGAUGAAUUAUUGAGAAAGAAUCUUCAGGGUCGGAAACAAAAAAUAAUGAAUUACAGUAGUAGCAGCUCUAGUUACGAUGACAGCGAUUUGGAAUACAUUGCAGUCGAAAAAAAUUUUGUUAAAAAAAAAAAGAAAGAUGAGAUUGACACAAGAGUUAAAUCAGUACUACCUGUAACAAAUAUUAAAAAUGAAGAGGAUCCUUCGCUGUGUAGCGACGAAGAUAAAGAUAUGAUUGCCAUUCCUUCUACUUCUGAAAUAGGUAAAAACCAUGUUGAUGAAUAUGAAGAUUUAAGAAACAAUGGUAUGCUGUUAUCAUUCAAUUCAAUUGUUGCUCAGCAGUGCAAUUUAGUAGAUAAUUUAAAUUCGGUUGAAGUUCGUUUUUCUAAAGAAAACGGUCCACUAGAUGUACCCCAAACUGAGCUCAAUAAUCUAUGUAAUAUGAAUGAGAAUAUUUCUGUGAAUAGUUUAACAGCUAGUGACAAUGUUAAUAAUAGUAAAGUUGCACUUGGACAUGAUAAACCUGAAAUUGGAGCCUCAUUAAAUUAUCAAAAAUGUCGUAAUCCUGUUGAAUCUUUUAAAUCAGCUGAGUUGCUUAGUGUUGAGCAUCGUAUUGGUAUUCGUCUAUCAAAAAAUAAUUCAGACAACGUUGUCAAAUCUACUAAAAUACAAAAAUUCAAGGAAUGGCACCAAGUCCUUCAAUUAAAAUCUUAUAACGAUGAACCUUUAAUUGUUAUGCCAUAUGUGGUUCUUGAAUGAACUUUGAACUAACAAGCUGUGUGAUCGCAUUUACAAAAAAAAAAACCAUACAGCUAGUUAAAACAAAACAGAUUUUUUUUAAAAUAGGAAUAAAAUAUGUGUUAUCUUGUCUAUCUUUUUAGAUUUCCGUAUUUGCUAUUUUUUAUUAAUAAUUUAAUCAGCCUUUGAUUUAGCCACUUAGCUUAUCUUUUAUUUUAUACAUAUUUUAAAUAUGCAAUUUUAUUUUACAUAUUGUAUAAGUUUAUAGGUAUAGCAUAAGAAAUUUUAAUGAUUUUAUAAAAAAUAUUUUGUUGAAUAAGUAAAAUGGAUUUUGUUAUGUAUGAUUGUUAAAAACCUUUUAAAAAAGUUCAUUGUAAAAUAUUAUUUUAUUUUUAACUAUAAAUAUUAGAAAAUUGUACAGUAACAGCGAAUAAACCUGAUUUAUACUGAACA